UCGCGUUCUUGAGUCACGUGUGAGAAAUAAAGGGUGACAGUCCCUAGUUCAAGAUGUCUACUUAAGUUUAUACAAACUUAAACACAAAACAUGGGACAUAUAUAUUUAUUUGUUUGCGCUUCUUUCUUUAUUGGAUGUUAUGCAGAAUUAAGUAGAGAGGUAUAUGUAUACAAUGACUGUCAAGCUGCUCACCAAGAGAGGGUUGGCGUAGAAGAUGGGAGGAUACCAGAUAGUGCACUAACAGCAAGUUCAUUUCACACGAAACGACAACCUAAAGAUGCUAGGGUUGGACGCUCAGCGGGUGCUUGGUCACCAUCUAUACAAAAUGCCUUCCAAUGGCUUCAGGUGGACAUGGCCAAACAAUACUUAGUCACCUCUGUCUAUGUUCAGGGACGUCAAGGUAGUGACGAAUAUGUCAUGGAAUUUUUUCUGGAAUAUUCUGAUGAUGCACUUACCUGGCGAAGGUAUACAAACCAGCUAGGUAUUCCAGAGAUUUUUGAAGGCAAUCAUGAUGAUUCAGCUUUGCAAAUGCGUGUGCUGCUAUAUCCAAUAGUUGCACGCUAUGUCAGAUUCAAUCCCCAGAGAUGGAAUAUGGUCAUAUCUUUAAGAGUUGAAAUUGUUGGCUGUCCAUUCCAGCCAGAGACGGCUUCUUUUGAUGGUGAGAGCUACAUUGAAUAUGACUUUAGUGGCAAGGCGGUCCAGACUACAAGUGACACAGUGGAGCUUAGGUUCAGAACAAGUCGACCUGAUGGGGUGUUACUACACGCCAGUGGCAACCAAGGGGAUCUCUUUAUGCUGGAAUUGUCUAGAGGCGCUCUCUACUUUAAAAUAGAUCUAGGCUCAACCCUUGAAACAAAAGGUUUGACAAUCGUCAAAGCUGGCAGUCUGCUGGAUGACAACCAAUGGCAUGACGUCAUUAUUACAAGAGAAAAACAAAAGUUGAAGGUCGUUGUUGACCGACUUGUUAAUGAGGUCACCACAGGAGGUCUGUUCUUUAGGCUGGAUAUUGAUAAAUAUAUGUAUAUUGGCGGUGUUCCUUACUACAACCAAGCUGGGAUCACCGUGAAGUACAACUUUGUGGGCUGUGUGCAGAAUGUGAAUUUGAACGGAGCCAAAUUGAUCCAAGACGCUAUGAGCAACACAAUUAGUUCCAUCUCUUUGAUCAAGAAUGUCAACCCUUACUGCAGUGUUAUAACUAAGGUGCCCAUCACAUUCCCAACAUUAGACUCCUUACUCUUGGUUACUGCCUUAUCAGGAAGAGUUUUUCAUAUUCAAUUUGACUUCAGAACUCACGACAAGGAUGGCCUUUUGGUUUAUCAUAAGAUGAGUGAUGAUGCCAGUAUUAUAGCAGCUAUUGAUGAGGAUGGUUAUGUGAAAUAUACAGUCAUCACUCUGGAUGGCCAGACCGUUGAGGAUAUUGUCAGAAACACUGAUGUGAACUCAGUGAAAGGAUCAUUCACUGAUGGGCUGUGGCAUUCCUUCUACCUGUAUAUUGACAGUGACAAAGUCAACUGCACAGUGGACAGAAACUCCAAGGUGUCGCAGAGAAAGCUUCAAAUACAAGCAAUGACAGAAUUUUAUAUUGGUGGCAAUGAAUUGUUUAAUGGAUUCCGUGGCUGCAUGAGAGACAUUCAGGUGGCCCAAAAGGCAGUGGAUCUAAAUGUAUUGGCCACAGACCCAUCAAGAAUCAAAGGAGCUGAUAUUGGUACAUGUGCUAUCAGAGACAGGUGCACUCCUAACCCUUGUGAGCAUAAUGGUCUUUGUCAGCAGACGUGGAAUACAUUUACCUGUGAUUGUACUGAUACAGGAUACCUGGGUGAACUUUGUCAUGUCUCUGCUUAUCACAUCAGUUGUUCCAUGCACAAAUAUUACUCAAACAUUGAGGGCAAAGAAACAGCCAUGUUGGAUUUGGAUGGUGCAGGACCACUCCGACCUUUUAGGGCUUCAUGUGAGAGAGAUGAUCAAACUGGAGAAAUUAUUACCUAUGUCCCCCAUGAUUCAAUGGGUACUAUUAGAGUCAAUGGCUAUCAAGAUCCAGGGUCAUAUGUGCGCAAAAUUCAGUACACUGCACAAGGUGUCCUUGAGCUGGAGGAGAUCAUUGACAGAUCAAGAAUGUGUCGACAAAAUGUGAUCUACCGCUGUAGGAAUGCCAAGUUUUUAUCCAAUCCAGGUGUAUUAAAUGACCCCAGUAUCAAGUCCUGGGGUUGGUGGAUCGGCAGGACCUUCCAGCCCAUGUUCUACUGGGGAGGUGCUGCUCCAGGUUCUGGCAAGUGCAAGUGUGGUUUGGAAGAAGAAGGCUGUGGGGGUCAGAGUUCAACAUGUUACUGUGAUAAACUUGUCAACAUCGGAGUCAAUGAAGUGAGUGUGGACCAGGGCUACCUCCAACACAAAGAGUACCUCCCUGUCCUGGAGCUACAUUUUGGAGACACUGGCUCCACCACAGAUGACAAGUGGGCAGAAUAUGAAGUGGGAGAACUUGAGUGCUAUGGAGAUAAUCUGUUUGACAAUACUGUGACCUUCACCCAGACUGAUGGUGCUCUUGAGUUCCCCACUUUUGAGGCUCCUAACGCUGGAGACAUUUGGUUCCAGUUCAAAACUACAGCUGAGGAUGGUGUGAUGAUUCACUGUACAGGGACGGCUGUGGCUGACUUUAUUGAGAUUAGAUUGUUUCAAUCUGACACGAUUCAGUUCCGUUAUGAUGUUGGUAAUGGAGUCACUGUCCUGUCCUUCAAAUCACCUUCACCUCUUAACGAUGAUACAUGGCACACUAUUCACGUUGAAAAGAACCGUAAACAAGCCUGGAUGCGAAUAGACGACUACCCAGCUAAGGCCCUCAAUGAAGAUGCUGAUCUGAUUCGACAGUUAGAUCUUACAAGCCCACUUUAUGUUGGUUCACUUGUUGGCUAUCAAGAUGGCUAUGUGGGCUGUAUGCGAGGACUGAGAGUAAAUGGUCGCUUGAUGGACAUGAUGGGAAAACUGAGGAAUGGCUAUGUCUAUGGUGUCAGAGCUGGUUGUGUGGGUAAAUGUGCCAGCAGUCCAUGCUUCAAUCAGGGAACCUGUCGGGAAGGUUACAAUCACUACAGGUGUGACUGUUCAUACACUCCAUGGAGAGGCUGGAACUGUGGCAGAGAGGUUGGUGUUAACCUGAAGAGCAACUAUAUGAUUCGAUACACUUUUGAUGAGACCCAAGGCUUGUCAGCAUCUGACUUCCAGCGUGCAAUGAUUGGAUUCUCAACCAAAGUGAAGCAAGGCAUUCUGAUGCAGAUGAGAAAUGAGGCCAAUACAGAGUACAUUACAGUCGAGAUGAACAACAACGGUGGUGUGAAGGUUGCUAUGGAUGUAGGUUUUGAGAGAGUUGAAGUCAACACUCCCCUAGAGCUGGGAAUUGAUUACGCCAACACACAGACCCACGUAGUUGUGAUUGAACGCUCAAAUUAUGGAAGAGACAUCAAAGUUCAGGUUGACAAUUACAAACCAGCUGUGUAUAGAUUUGGUGAUGCAUCCAGUCAGUCAGACACAAUCCUAGACAACCCUAAAUACUUGUUUAUUGGCAAUAAUGAUACCUCUAAUACCAACCGUGGUUUUGAAGGUUGCAUCUACAGGAUGCAGGUAGACAAUAUAUUCCCAUUGAAAAGAGCUUUCCAGGAUCCCAAGCCUCCAUACAUCACCUUGACACCUGAAGAUAAGGUGAAAGAAGACAUGUGCAGUUUUGAAGAGAUUACUGUGUCCCCUGAGCCUAUAGAGACCAGACCUUUCUCUGGCAUUUUACAAAAUGUCACUUACAGGCGAGCCACAGACCCACCACUGUCUGAUGAGGAGAAAGCUUUAGUAGGAGUUGGAUGUGCACUCCUGAUUAUACUUCUGGUGUGCAUCAUACUCUUCUGUUGCCGCAGCAGGUUUGAGGGAGCCGACUAUGAGACAGAAGAAGCUAAAGGGGCUGAGUUUGCCGACAAUCCAGACAGCGCUGUGGUUUACAAUCAGACAGGUCUACCCAACAUGCCUAAAAGUUAUGAAUACUUUAUGUAAAGCUGCUCAGAUUGUUUCAUAGGCAAGUGUGAUUGUUUGGAUGACAGAUUUGAUUGAGCCCUGAGAAGAUUGAUCAAAUGUUUAGUAGAGAGGAAGAG